AUGACGGACAAGCUCCCCCCGAAUCUGCUCGCACUCUUCGCCGCGCGACCCCCCCUGCGAUGGGUCGAGCCGCCCGACCAUGCGCCCCAGGAUCGCAAGACGGCGCCUAUCAGCGGCGUCGCGCAAUUCCUUCCCGAGCUGCAGAAGUACAAGGAGACCGACGUCUAUAAUCCGACCGAGAGUUGGCUUCAGGCGCGCGAUCGCAAGAAGCAGGAGAAGAAGCAAAACCUGGAGGAGCUGGUGACGCAGGCACCUAAGCUUUAUAAGCCGAACGAGGAUCCGAACGUCCGAGGCGAUGCCUUCAAGACUUUGAUUGUCGCGCGUCUGAGCUACGAUGCUGAUGAGAGAGACUUGGAGAAGGAGUUUGGGCGCUUCGGCCCCAUCGAGCGCAUUCGCAUCAUUGUCGAUACACACGCGCACGAGAAGCCGAACAAGAAGAAGAAGCCCCAUCGAGGAUACGCCUUCGUCGUUUUUGAGAGAGAGAAGGAUAUGAGAGCUGCCUUGGAUGCUUGCGAUGGCAUUCGCAUCAAGGAUCGACGUAUCAAGGUAGACGUCGAACGAGGCAGAACCGUUAAAGGAUGGCGACCUCGACGACUUGGUGGUGGUCUCGGUGGCCGAGGCUACACCAGGUCGAUGCCCUCCCGUCCAAUGGGUCCUGGCGGUUUUGGCGGUGGUUUCCGCGGUGGCUACAAGGGCUUCGACGGCGGACGUGGACGGGGUGGCUUCCGAGGAGGUUACGGCGGCCGAGGUGGCUUCCGGAGCGGUGGUGGCGACUACAGCCGUGGCGAUAGAAACGGAUACGGCGCACCGAGCGACGCGCCCUCUGGACCUGGCUUCGAUCGAAGAAAUGGCGGUUAUGGCGACCGAGGUGAUCGCGGCGACCGCAGCGGUGACCGCAGAGGCGAUCGAGGCCCUGGUGGGUAUGAUUCGCGAAGCGGCGGCCGCUCAUAUGACGACAGACACGGUGGUGGUGGUGGCGGCUACCGCGACGGCGGCAGAUUCGGAGACCGCGACAACCGACGUACCGGAAGCAACAUGGAACCCAUCGGCCGAAGAGAGGGUGGACGAGAAGGUGGACGAGAAGGUGGGUAUCGCGACCGCGACCGGGACUACGACAGGCCCCGCGACGAUGACGGUGGCCGGAAACGUGGUUAUGACGGUGGCUACGAGGAUCCAAGGAAGUUGCGCCGAUACUAA